AAGUUUGUAGUUUGUGGCUUGCUUGUGCAUGUCUUCCAGAUUCUACAUUUAGGUUAUAUCUCAGACUCUGAUACCUAAGUAAUUAAGUAUUAGGUACAUAAUACUAACUUAUAUUAGCUUAUUUUUUUAUAACUAAUAAACAUAUUAUUACGGAAUCUGAGAGAGUUAUGAUUGAAAAACAUGGAUUUCGCACGUAAACAGCUUGAAAAGUAUGGAUGGACUGACGGCAAAGGACUUGGGAAAUACGAAAAUGGCAUAUCUCAGGCGUUGAAACCGAAGUUAAAGCGAAGUGUUACAGGUAUAGGACAUGAUGCUGCAGCAGAAUUUACAGAACAUUGGUGGACGAAACUGUACAACACAGCAGCCAGUAAUGUUGAAGUCACAGAAAAAAACGGAAAAACAAAGAAAAUUAAAAGCAAAGAUGAUGAUUUUGAAAUAACCAAUUCAACUUGGACAUAUAAAAAGAAAAAUAAAACAAAAUCAAAGGAAGAAUACACUAACUUCUUUGUAAAAACAUCCAUUCUCACUAAUGGAGGAGUAAAAACUGAAGAUUUAGAACCAGAUAAUGUAGAGGUCAAAUAUGGGGAUGUUAUAAAAUUGACUGAUGAAGAGUUAUUUGCAGCUUGUGAAGGAAGGACAGCACAUAAGGGAGCCCGUCAUGGAGUAAAAGCUUUGGGAAAAUUAGCAAGAAUUGAGAUGCAAGAACAAAUGUUGCUGCAACAAACAAAAUACAAUGGAUAUUCUAAGACAAAGAAACAUAAAACAAAUAAGACAGAUGAAGAUAAAAUGAUAUUAAAUAAUAGUGAAGACCACAAGAAAAAAAAUAAAAAGAAAACAAAGGUACACUGUUCAAGUGAUACAGAAUUACCAAAUGUACAAUGUACCCCAUUAUACGAAAAGAAAAAGAAAAUAAAAAAGGCCAAGCUAAAAACAGAUAAACCGGAUGAUAAUGAUACAAUAAAUGUACAAGAAACAUUUAUUAGAAAUAAUGAUGGUAAUAAUUUCAUAACAGUAGAGAAGCGGAAAAAAAGGGAUGUUAAUGAAAUGGAUUAUCUAAAUGUUGAUGUAAAUCCCAAGAAAAGUAAAAAGAAAAAGUCUAAAUAACA